AUGUGCUCUCUCACGCGCUCUCACGCACGCGCUCUCUUGCGCUCUCUCACGCGCUCUCUUGCGCUCGCUCACGCGUUCUCUCACGCGCUCUCUCACGCGCUCUCUCACGCGCUCUCUCACGCGCACCCUCACGCGCUCUCUCAUGCGCUCCCUCACGCGCUCUCUCACGCGCUCUCUCACGCGCUCUCUCACGCGCUCUCUCACGCGCUCUCUCACACGCUCUCAUAUGCGCACACGCUCUCCCUCGCGCUCCAUCUCUUUCUUCUUCAAAUGAAAGUGCAAUGCAAAAAACAACCCGCGCUCGCGCACCAACCCGCGCUUGCACUCGUGCACCUGUCGCCGGACGAGACGGCGGAGAGGGAAGGAGAGGCGACGGCGGGGAGUGGGGAGAGGCGACCGCGGGGAGGAGCGAGAGGCGACGGCGGGGAGGAGGGAGAGGCGACCGUGGGGAGGAGGGAAAGGCGACGGCGGGGAGGAGGAGAGGCGACGGCGGGGAAGGAGGAGAUGCGACGGCAGGGAGGAGGAGAGGCGACGGCGGGGAGGAGGAGAGGCGACGGCGGGGAAGAGGGAGGCGACGGCGGGGAGGAGGGAGAGGCGACGGCGGGGGGAGAUGCGACGGUGGGGAGGAGGAUAGGCGACGGCGGGGAGGAGGGAGGCGACGGCGAGGAGGAGGGAGGCGACGGCGAGGAGGAGGGAGGCGAUGGCGAGGAGGUAAGGGAGAGGAGAUGGCGGGGUGGAUGGGACGGAGUGAUUGUGAGGUGGGUUGGAGAGGUGUCAGCGGGUAGUGAGGGAGAGGAUACGGCUGGAUGGAGCGAGAGCGACGGCUAG